GCCAGUAUAAAUACUGCGGGGCGCAAGAAACAAGUCUUCAUUCACGAUUUACAAGAGAAGCGCAAGGAUACCCAACAGCACAAUGCUGACGCACAAAGUUUAGAACCAAAACAAGACAUUACCACUGACACUAAACACAUCGAUGUGCUCACUGUGGAAUACUAAACAUGCUCCGUGGAUUUCUUGAGACGAACAGGAAUAGGACUGGAUACUGAUUUGUUCAGUUUAACCAUCACCUUUUGGAUAACCUGGAAAUUUGACGUGCUCCUGCACAUUGAAGUGGCUUGCAGCUGGGACGCAUAGCGGGAUAUACCUUUUUACUAUUCGGCAUUUGUUUCAUUGCAACCUUUUUGGAAUAGGCUCUUUCGUGGAAUAUAAUUGUGGGUGACGCGGCUGCCCAGGAGAAUCGAAAAGCAUGGCAGCUUGGCUCACCUUUCUCAUCGCAAUUUUCACGACAAUUUUGACGCAGAUAUUGGGAUCUGGUGUUUUCGAACUCGACCUUCACGAAUUCAAAAAUUUCAAAAGCUUGCUAGCGAAUGGCAAUUCGUGCAAGCCUGACUGUAGGACUUUCUUCAAAGUUUGCCUAAAAAACUACCAGGUGGUCGUGUCUCCAGGUGAAUGUAUCUUUGGAAGUGCCAUAACGCCAGUGCUGGGGACAAACUCAUUUAGUAUAAUGGGAAGUGGCUCUUUCAACACACCGAUUCGACUGCCGUUCAACUUUGGGUGGCCGGGAUCAUUUUCUUUGAUUAUUGAGGCCUGGUACUCACCUUACGCUGAUCCACCUGUAGACACAAGCAAAUCCGACUCGCAGAUAAGCUUUUUUGCCAUCCAGAGAAAGCUGGAAGUAGGGGCUGAGUGGUCUCAGGAUGUUCAAAGCCGGACGCAGACCGAGCUAAGGUAUUCUUACCGGUUCAUCUGCAAUGAAAACUACUACGGCGACAGUUGUUCCAAAAAAUGCACGCCCAGGGACGACCGUUUUGGCCACUACACCUGCAACCCAGACGGGCAGUUAUCCUGUCUCCAUGGCUGGAAGGGAGAGUACUGCGAAGAACCAAUCUGCCUGGAAGGGUGCAGUGAGGCAAAUGGCAAUUGCUCGAAUCCUGGAGAGUGUGUGUGCAGAGAAGGUUGGCAGGGAAAAUUUUGCACAGAGUGCAGAAAACACCCAGCCUGUAAACAUGGCACGUGCCAGCAGCCAUGGCAGUGCAACUGCAAAGAGGGCUGGGGUGGACUGUUCUGUGACCAAGAUUUGAAUUUUUGCACUCACCACAAGCCAUGCGUCAACGGAGCCACAUGUAUGAACACCGGUCAAGGCAGUUACACCUGUACCUGUCGGCCAGGAUACACCGGGGUCAACUGCGAGCUUGAGGUGCGAGAGUGUGACAGCAGUCCAUGCAAGAGCGGAGGUCUUUGCACAGAUCUUGAUAAAGGUUACAUCUGCACAUGUCUUCCUGGUUUCGAGGGAACUUACUGUGAACACAGCCUACUCACCUGUGCAGACUCGCCCUGCUUUCACGAAGCCAGGUGCCACGAGAAGGACAAUGGGCGCAGCUACGUGUGUGACUGCCCUAGAGGCUACACUGGUCUUAACUGCGAAAGAAGAGUGGACAAAUGCACAACUCUGCCAUGCGCCAAUGGUGGCUUGUGUGUGGUCAAGGGUGGCGUUCGCAUGUGCAGCUGUCGAGCAGGCUUUACCGGCCAGCGCUGCGAGAUCAACAUCAACGACUGCGCAACCAACCCCUGCGGCAACGGCGGAACGUGCUACGAUCGCAUCAACGACUACGUCUGCUCCUGUGCUCCGGGAUACGAAGGCCGCAAUUGCGACCGGCCCUCAAACGCCUGCUCGUCCAGACCCUGCCUCAACGGGGGCUCCUGCGUUGGCAUCCCGGGAAAUCCACCUGCCUGCUUCUGCGCCAGCGGCUUCACUGGACCCCACUGCGAAUACUACGCGGUCACGGCUCCCGUUACGAAAGGAGUAACGCAGGACCGCUUCCAGUGGUUCGCUGUCUCGCUGGCCAUCGGUUUGGUGGCAGUCGUGGUUCUCCUCUGCAUGGUGGUCAUUGCCCUGCGCCAUAUUCACAGGCAAGCGUCUGGAGAAAGGACUCGUGGCGAGGCAAUGAAUAACAUGUCGGAAUCGCAAAGAGACAACUUGAUCCCCACCUCCCAGCUGAAGAACACUAAUAAACAGGUCGGCCUUGAGGUGGACUGUGCACCUGAGAAAUCAAAUUACAUACACAAGAACUGCCACUUGGACUAUAAUUCCUCAAAGGAGUUCAAGGACAUUGUGUCUCAAGAGGACAAAAGUCAUAAAUACGAAAAGUGUUUAGAAGACAAAAUACCGUUGAGUAGAAUGUACAGGGAAAAGCCAGAGUGUAGGAUAUCAACGAUAUGUUCCCCAAGGGACUCCAUGUACCAGUCUGUGUUUGUAAUAGCAGAGGAGAGGAGUGAAUGUGUCAUAGCAACUGAGGUAUAAAUUACAGACGCAUAUCAGGAGAGGAGACAAAAACACAAUCAAAGCAAAAUCUUUUUCUGGAUUGUUUACAAAGUUCUUUAAAAACUGGAGAUUUAUUUUUAUGUCCACUGCUGCACUGAAAAACUUGAGAGACUGGAGAGAACAGAGCCCUGCUCACCAAAUGCAAUAGUUUAGUUUUUGUGUACAAAAGUCCUGGAUGAUUUCUGAACUCUUCUGCUACGGUAUGUUUUCCCCCGUGGGCUGAAAAGAAAAUGGACUUCUACAUUGCAAGAGAAAGAAAGACAAAAGAUCCCCUUCUUUGUGGUAAUCAUGGACACAUUGUCCGCCAAUGAAUCAAGCGAAGGUGCCAGGGACUUCCAAACCUUCAACCAGCAUCGCCAGCUAUGCAAGAAUGAGGAGGGCAGCACAAAUCAGAAGUUCCCCGUACAAAUCACGAGAAGACACGUUAUGAAUGUCUGAAAUGAAAAAACUGCUGACAUCAAUCAUCUGAAAAAGACUCUCUCUGCAAUAAGAUUGUGAGCAGCUAAAAAAUUCACGAAAAAGCCUUAAAAGAAUUAAGCAGAGUGCUAUGUUUGUGCCCAGUGUUUUCUUGGAUUGUUUGUGAGAAAAAGGAAAUUGAAAAUUUAAUCAACGUGAAAGCGAGAGGAAAAACAACCCACAGAACUGUGCCAGCACCAUCCUAGAGGAAGUUCAAUCGACUUUUAUGCAACGCGGCCCGUGAAUGCAAGACGAGGAAAAAAACGGACAAACAAAGUGACUGCUCACCACUGACUGCCUAUAAUUAGUUUUGAAAAUACAGAACCAAUAAUGUAAUUUUUUUUAAAGUGAUUAUUUCCAGAGUUAAUUUAAUAAUGACACACUGCUCUUUAUAUGUUUUAUACUAUUAUUUUGUAUAUAAUGCAUAUUUAUAAGAAACCAAACAUCUGAAGAAUAAAAAAUGUUAAUUCCUUCAA